AUGACGCUUUUCAAAAAGAUCCAAUGGUUCUGCAACCUGCUCCGUCUGAGAAGCUACUACAAAUUCAUGCUCCUAAUAGCUUACACCGCGUUCGGAGCGUGGCUCUUCAGAACUUACGAGCUACAGGCCGACAUUAAACGACGAUCCGUGUUUGGGAAUAACACUAAUUUGGUCAGAAGACAAGUAGGUUUCCUGGCUUUCUGCAACAAUCCAACCCUUCCUGGUUGUGUUUUGCAGCUUGCCGAACGUUGGAUCGAAAUGCACAAAGACGCAGUUUUGAGGAAUGACACCGCUUUACGGGUGAGUGCUUUGUGGCACGUCUUUUCUGAAAACGGCCCUUGUUAAGCACCGACGGGCGGCCGAAGCAGUCGAGUGGCUCCUCGAAGAACUGAACCUUUCCGAUCACAUCAGGGAUUUGUCUGAGGAGACACCCUGGACCUGGACUGGAGCCAUGUUUUAUGCAGGACAAUUAUACACUACCAUAGGUAUGAAAUCUUGCGCUCAGACUUUUCUCAGAUCCUACUAACCAUGGUAAUGUUUAUGAUUCCAAACCUUCUUUUUGAAUGCAUUCAGGCUACGGCUACCCAACGGCCAAGACCGACGAAGGCCGGAUCUGCACGAUUCUCUACUCACUCUUCGGAAUCCCGUGCUUCCUGAUGUACCUGAAGGUGAGCAAUUUGUCAGAGAAUGAAAAAAGAGUUGAUCUUAUUUUAUUAAUUGACGUUUGCUCUCGUGGCGCCAUUUUAUCUUUCUCUCUCGGUUGCAAGUUGACUAAUGAGCUGCUGAACAGCUCAUUUGUUACACUCGAUCAGAUAGAAAGUGGGGGGACACAACAUGGAAUAAAAACGAGCGGAGAGGGGGUCACAUGAGGGCAAGAAAUGAAAUAUUGCAGUCGAUCGGUAAACUACUGUCGAAAAAGAUGCGGAAGUAUUAUAAGAAGUUGAGAAGAUCCGCACUCGGAAAAUUCUUGCUGCCCAGCAGGGUUACGGUAACUGAAGACGUGACGAGUGUCACUUUCAGAUGGUUCACAAUUUUCAGGCAGUCAAAGAAGGCUAUGAAGCAGAAGCCGCGGCUGCGGAGGAAAGGAAGAAGAAGCCGUUCCCGAUCCCAAUAGCCAUCAUCAUGCUCAUCAUUUGGAUCUGCUUCUCGGCGUCCAUGUUCUGCAUCUGGGAGGACACGUGGGUCUUCUCUUCCGCCGUCUACUUUUUCAUCGUAUCUAUAUCGUGAGUCAAAGCCACUGAUUCAAAUCCUAAACAAAAACUGGAUGCUCAGAACCGUCGGUCUGGGAGAUAUGCUGUUCCGAACUCCCGAUAUGAUGGUCUUCAAUUUCCUGCUCAUUCUCGUCGGUCUCGCUUUGCUUUCAAUGUGUUUCGAGUUGAUAACUGAUCGGGUUGCAAAGUGGAAACAGAAGAGAUUCGACGAACACAUCAAGAAAGUGCAGAAGAUGGCGUUCCAAGUGUUCGAGAAGGAUCCAUUUGUGGAAGAAGCGCCGCUUCUUGGCAUCCGAAUGGCUCGUCAGUCUUUUUGUUCUUCUCCCAAACAUCCGUUAGUCAGUAAGUUUCAGCCAACCUUAUGCAAAUAGCGGCGACUCAUGUAAGUGAGGAGAAACGAGGAUUCUUCGCCGAGUUCAAAGAUUGGUUCGCUGGAAAAGUGACGGACAAUGUGAUAAUGUCGAAGCUGGAAGACAGCGAUGAAGACUCGGAAGAAGAGGAAAUGGCGGAAGAGUUCGAAGGACCGCCGAUCGCCACCGUCACCAGCAAUGACCUGGUUGUGUGCUCGAACGGAGGCGCCACCAGAAGAGUCAGCAAACAGAGCUACGCACGUCAGUUUGCCACGUUUACCUAGGGAAAUCACAUCGAUCGUUUCAGUAUCCGACGUCUCCAACCUUUCAAAUUCAAAAGUUCUUCCUACAAACAACUAUGGUCAACUUUUGAACAGAAUCAAAGCGAUGGAGAAGUUCAAGCCGAAGAAGCAUGACUUGGAUUCGAGAAUGUUUGCAAAGUUUCUGGAGAACAAAAAGUUGGCGAAGAUUCUAGAGCAGACGGAACUCCGAGAACUGGCGACGGUCUCCUGCCAGACAGAUCUCAGUGGACUGGUCGUUCAGAGGAGAAAUCCGAAGGGAAGACAUGCGAGAAUCGGUCUGUUUUUCGGGAGAUUUGUUGAUAUUGUUCAUUUUUUGCAGGCUCGGUAUCCUCCCAAUCGACAAUGUCCACUUUCAUCACUAACAAUCGUCAUGCCCCGGACGACGAUUCGGUGAUGUCGUUCACGUUCGGCGAUCUGAAGUUCGAUUACAAGACAGAGCCUCUGAUUGAUGAGUAUCACAUUCGAGAAUCGAAUCAUUCCAUAUUCGAUGUCAGAUUUCACUUGAAAACCUCUUUCCAGACAUUUAUAUUGCAGUUCGAUGAGGAUGAUAUCGUGAAAAUCCCGCAGAAGAUGUUGGUGCCCCGGCCGGGAAUGCCUCCGCCCCCGCCCACGCACUCCUCGAAACUGGCGUCACCGCUUCGAGCUCUUCUGGAAAGGGAACAGAAGUACGACGACGAUCCGGAGAUUCUGAUGACACCAAGGAGAUUGGCGUCAAUGGGUGAUAUACAGUGAGUGAUUCAGAAGAAGGUAUUGAGAACUAUUUCAGGUUAGAGGAACAUUCGGACGUCAUAAAAGUAGGAAGAACAGUAUGAAUCUGUUGUAUCCCCACAGUAGACCUGAAUUUUUCGUUGUGAACUUUACAAUUAUCACAAUUUUCUCUCUCUUCGAAUAUUCCCCCUUAAAUAUCCUUUUCAGAGCUCGAAAAGUGAAAAUCGGUUAUGAUGAGAAUCUGCAGCACGCGCGUCUUGUCUGCGGCCUUCUUCCGCAAGACUUUGAGUCCCCGACCACAUCCACGUGAGCACAUUCUUCUCGCUGCCUCGUUCAUUGUCUUACUACAGAUCAACUUCGAUGAUCGACUCUGGAUACGAUCUUUCGAAGCGAGAUGCUCCACUUAAUAUUGUCUAG